AUGAAGGGAUCCAUCCUCGCCGUCGCCGCCGCCGUUGGCGGUGUCAGUGCCGCCGCUCACCGUCAUUCUCACGGUGAGCUGUUCAAGAGAGGCGCCGACCAGGCCUCGGUCUGCGUCCCCGGCUGCACCACCAUCUACACCACCAUCUACGGAGAGCCUACGUUGGUUCCUAACCCCCCCAGCAAGCCCAGCAGCAAGUCCGUGGCCAGCGCCCUCCCCUCGGUGCCUGCGACCACCAAGGUCCCGGCGAAGCCCACGUCCACCCAGAAGCCCUCCGUGGACCUGCCGACUCCCGUCCCUGAGCUCUGCCCGACUCCCGGCACCUACACCUUCCCGGCCACCACCAUCACCGUGAGCCAGACCACCACUGUCUGUGCCCCGGAGACCACCAAGGUUCCUGCCGGCACCCACACCUUCGGAGGUGUCACCACCGUCGUCGAGAGUGCCACCACUGUCGUGUGCCCCUACGCCACCGAGAAGACCAAGGACGGUGUCGUGACCAGCGUUGUCGAGACCACAACCUACGUCUGCCCCACGCCCGGCACCUACACCAUUGCUCCCACCACCACCACCGUCACCGCCCCGACCACCUGCGUCUACCCCGUCGUGACCGAGGUUGUCCCCGGCACCUACACCCGCCCCGCCGUCGUCACCACUAUCACCGAGACCAGCGUCGUCGUUGUCUGCCCCUUCACCAGCGAGGAGCCCAAGCCCACCACCACUGCUGCUCCCCCCAAGCCGACCACCGAGGCCGUCAAGCCGACCACCGAGGCUCCCGCCCCCCCUCCCGUCCCCACGACCCCCGCCGUCGUGACCCCCGAGCCUGUGCCCACCACCCCGGCCAAGUCCUCUUCGGCUCCCGCCCCGUCCUCUUCGGCUCCCGCCACUGGAGGUGGCCUCGGUGGCAACAACGGCGACCACUGGGCCAUCACCUACACCCCCUUCUCUGAGGAUGCCUCGGGAUCCUGCAAGACCGCCGACCAGGUCGAUGCCGACAUUGCCACCAUCAAGAAGUCGGGCUUCCGCACCGUCCGUGUCUACUCUACCGACUGCAGCACCCUCGAGAAUGUCGGCGCCGCCUGCGAGAAGUACGGCCUCCAGAUGAUCAUCGGCAUCUUCGUCAAGGAGUCGUGUGACCCCAACUCGGCCGACAUCAAGAACCAGCUCGACGCCAUCGUCAACUGGAAGAAGUGGGGCAUGGUCGAGCUCGUCGUCAUCGGCAACGAGUGCAUCUUCCAGGGCCGCUGCUCUGCCUCCUCCCUGAAGCAGCUCAUUGUCUCCGCCAAGGCCACCAUCUCCGGCGCCGGCUACUCCGGUCCCUUCACCACCGCCGAGACCGUUGGUGUCUGGCAGCAGACAGAUGUCAUCUCCGAGAUUUGCGACGCUAUCGACAUCGUCGGAGGUCAGAUUCACCCUUACUUCAACGCCGAGACCCCCGCCUCCGCCGCCGGAACCUUCGUCAAGAGCCAGAUCGAGCUCCUCGAGAGCUCCAACAUCUGCGGCAACAAGCCCGCCCUCAACUUGGAGUGCGGCUGGCCCUCGGGCGGUAACUGCAACGGCAAGGCUUGCCCUGGUACCUCCGAGCAGGCCAUCGCCAUUGCCUCCAUCAAGGAGCUUGCCGGCGGCAAGACCGUUUUCUUCUCAUUCCACAACGACGAGUGGAAGGAGCCUGGUGUCUGCGGCUGCGAGCGUACCUGGGGCUGCGGUGAGCUCUUCACCUCUUAA